AUGACAGACGUAAAUGAGCCCCUUCCCGAAUGGAAGCACAAUAUCCUAUCCAAGAAGUUCAAGGACUGGGACGCGCUCCGUACAGCCCUAAAAGAGAUUUAUGGCGGGAGAUCACCAAAAUCGGUCUGGAAGGAAGAGCCCAAGAACUUGCUGGAGGAGGUCCAGAAGAAAGAUAUCAUGGAGAAGUCAUAG